CUCCUAUCGCGAAAGAAGGCCAUACAAUUUAUUAUGUUUCCAGUUCAACUAGUCUCUCUAACCCACAUAUCCAAAACCCAACAAAUUGCAGUCAUGCAUUGCUAGUGCCCCUCCAAGCGAGCACAUAUUGCCGGGGACCAUGAUUCCAUCUACUUCAAGCAACUUAUCGUCUUUACACCCAUUCUAUGUUAGUUUUUUUCCGGGAUUGCGUAUGCUGGAGAUUGAUGUUGUUCGUCUCAUGAUGUUUCUUACCCAGCUGGAGAUAUACUUUUUUAUUGGGAAUUUUAAGUUAAUAUAAGUUUCUCUUGCAGAAAGGCAAUCUUGGGCUUCGCUUACUCUGGCACCUCAUGCAUAUAAUCUUGAGCCUAUGGUACUUUGUUCACAGUUUGAUAAAUGCACUCGAGAGCUUUCUUAUAUCGAGUGGUUUAUUUAAGCAGUACAGAAAUCUGGAUAUUAGCAAAGUUAAGUACCUGGCCAUUGUUAUAGAGAGUGAAGAAGCCCUCGACACGUUGAAAGUUUUUGAGCUAUUACGAUGGCUUGCGGAUAUUGGGUUUAAGAAAAUGUGCCUUUAUGAUAAAGAAGGAGUGUUGGAAAAAUCCAAAGAUGCCCUAAUGAUGUGGUUGAAAAGUGAGAGAAUGUCAAAGGAGGGUACUAGCGAUCCAGUUCUUGAGCAGAAAUAUAUGAGUUUGGAAGUGAUUUCGUUUUCUGAUUCAAAAGAUGCGGUUGCAAAAGCAGCUAAUUUUCUUUUGAAGAAGCAUUACUUGGGUACUGACGAGACACCUGAGUUAACUGAACCUGACAUGACAAAUGCACUUGAAGCAUUAGGUAUGGUAUGGGACUCUAGAGCCAGACCUCAUGUUAAUUUAUGGGCCUGCGAGAUGCCACCUAGGAUUUCCAGCUUGGAGAAGUCGUUACACAGAGAUGGUGUAAGUAUAACCCCUCUUGGCUGUGGAUUCAAAGAAUUACUGGAUUAUUUUUGUAAUUAACCCGAAGCAGUACCUAUAUCUCAUUAAUUAUUGAUUUCAAUAAAUAAAAUAUUAAUUACCUCUGUUUUCCUAUACCAUUUACGUUUUUGAACACCGGACUUAAAAACAUAUAUAUUUAUUCGCAGACAUAUGGGACCUUUGAAAUCAAUGAAAUUUGGUGCCAUCAUCAAGGCAAUUCACAAGUUCACUACAGUACAUCAGAACUAUGGUACAUAAACCGUUAUACUUCCAAAUGGCAAUUUGUUAUACGCUAUAUACGAGGAUAACAUAUUUGUAGGCUGCAGUGGAACAUCUAAACUAUGUACGGUUAUAUUGGAUUUUACAUGGUUGUGCGAUUUUCUAUCAUGAGAUGUACACAAAACGCUUUUCAACCAUCUAUCAUAUUUACCCCUCCCUCCCUCUCUAGGGUUGGCAAAUUGUACUAUCGUCGUGUUGUGUUUUACUCUCAUAUUUAUUUUCAUGUUAUCCAUUUUAUUUCAUCAUUAAUACGAUAAUAAAUCAAAUUUUAUCUAGUUUAUUCACUUUUGUAUUUUCAUGUUAUCCAAUUUAUGUGAUCAUUAAUACGAUAAUAAAUCAAAUUUUAACUAAUUCUUUUACUUUGUGUUUCUCUUGU